UUGUCAGCGAAUUGUUUAUUUUUUCCUGGCCUUUUGAACUUUUUUCGGUGUCGCCCAGGAGAGAAAAGACGGAGACUAGAGCAAAGAAAUACUUACUGCGAGCGUCAGCUUCUGAUAUUAACUAUAGACAUGACAAUAAAAACAUAAAAACACGAAGAAAACUAAACAAUCUUAUUUUCAUUAUGAAAAAUUAUUUAAUAAGGGCUCGAAAGGCGGAAGGGGGGAGGGGAGGGGGCGGCAACUUAGAGCCCUGUACCCCCGUCGAAUUUGCUUGGUUAGCCCUGAAACCAAAGUGUUUCUGUUUUCGAACAUUACUAUCUCUGUUUAAUUGGUCUUGUUUCUUGAAGCCCUGGGGCAAUAAAGUCGUGGGAGCCAGCUUUUUAAUUUUAGCCCUGGGGCAAUAAAGUCGUGGGAGCCAGAAUUUUUAAUUUCAGGUCGAGACCCUGGAGCGCGAUAACGUUUUGCGGGCGUUCAGACAUCGUGUGUACAAAAAUUUAAAAGCUUUGAAUACCUUGAUAAUUUGCGCCUUAAAAUCGUGACUUUGGCCUACAAUAAGUUGUUUGCGAGCGAAUAAAGUAGCCGAGUAAUACGAGCCGAUUUAGAAUCCGGAAUGCGUAGAAAUGAUGACAUGAAUUUCAAAUAUGUGAAGCGAUGAAAAACACUCUUUUUUGUAAUUGUUGUAUUGAGGAGGCGAGUACGAAGAGAACUGAACAGGUCAAAACAAUGGCAUUGUUGUGGUCCGUUCAUUCCCAAUUAUGACAAAGGAAAUUGCUCUCUGGUCCACUUUUAACGAGUCUAGCAGCUUGCACCGGGUUUGGCUAAAAAUAGCUAGGGUGAUAAAACCCGGUAAAAACCUGAUAUCCGAUGAGCAGCAGCGACGUCAGACUGAUCCGUUAGAUAAUAAUUUCUUGUCCACCUCUUGUAACUGAUACCUCGUCCAUGAUUGUUUUGAAAGAACGGAAAACGCACGAAAAAAUCCCAAUCAUCGUUCUUCCCAGUUUACAAUCCCCCAAGAUUAAAAGAAGCCCCGGCUUCCCUCGCUAAAAGCCCCUAUAUAUAGUCAUGGAUGGUAACAAUGUAGAGGUUAUAAGGGAAAAAAAUGUUUUCGAAUGAGCACUUUUCUCAACUCUUUCUCCCACGCCGAGCAUUUUUAUAAAAAUAACAUUAAAAGUUGCUCAGGUUCUGGAGAGCUUGGUGGUUUGUUUGUAAAAAACAUCAGGGCUUCGUUGGUGGCUAAAUUCCGGGAACCAAGCUGUGUUUCGCCUCUGCAGGCCAUGAUCCAUUCAAUGGGUCUUCACUCAACCAACAACGAGACAAGACGAGAACUGACAUGCAACGACAAGAACUUGUUGCGCCGUCACGCAAUGAUUCUUUUCGUAGAGGAGCGCGUUGCGUGACAACAGUUGAAGCAAGAGAAACAGUGUUGAUGCAAGAAAAGUUCCUAUUCUGCAGUCUUCAAGGCUUUCACUAUAAAGCAGGAGAACGGAACUACUGAAGACGGAGUUGAGUUACCAAAAUUUCAACAUCCGCUGGUCAUUGCGUUACUUCUUUGCGUGACAACUGACUUUCCCCCGGGAAAAUGCAGGUGAUUUCUUUUGAAGUUAUUUGAGUUUACCUCUCGAAUGAAAAUGCUCUAAAACUAUAGGAAAAGAGAAAAUGUUUGGAAUUAAGUUUGACAAUUGUUUUGUUACGUUUACACUGAGGAACAGCAAAAUACGGCAAAGAGGAUUUGCGCUUGAAGUACAAUCUUUACAUUACAAGCGGUUCUCCACAAUGGAAAAUCUGUUGUUCUUUUCCUCAUUUUGGAGUUCAGUCAAAUAACUAAUACCUUUGAUAAUAGCUUGGCUUAAGAAGCAAUUCUGCUGGUGUUCUAGUUCUGUUUACAAUCCACAGGCCGAACUCCAAUCAAAAUAUUAACACAAAAAACAGAGGACUUCUGCAAAAUUUCAACAGGCUGCAAAUGGAAACUACCGAGACGCCAUGUAGUCUGCGAAUGUUGUUUAAGUUCUAAAAUGGCCGUUUUUCCUGGUGGCCCAAUCAAUGUAAUGAAAGGCUUAACUGAUAACGGGAAAAAAGCUUCACUUUGGAAACUUGUUUGAAGUCAACCGGGCGUCAAAUUGAGACACAAAGAAACAUUUAACUUGAGAUCAAAGCGAUACUUUUUGCAUCGGAAAUGACCCGUAAUGGUUAAUAAAUCCUAAAAGCGGCCAUUGCAUACCUUCACGCGGCUCUGGAGCAAUGCAGGUCUUUAGAAACAAUGUAAAAUCAUCUCGAAUCGAUUAACUCUCUGUCAAAUUUGUUCUGUAGAAAAUAGCUGACGUUUAUUGAUAGCGCCGGAAAUUGCCAUGUUCGGGGGAGAAAUGGUAAUUGCUUGUCACACGUGACUCGGGCGGAGAGAUGCUAGAAAGCGAUUUAUUGCAAUUUUUUUGUUGUCCUUUUGUUGUGUUGUUUAUUCAAUGAAGCUAAUCUUCGACGCAACCUCUAACAUGAAAAUCUGCCGCAGGAAGGGUUUUCGAUUCAAACGGGCAAACCACCACUCGAGAGUUGAAAAUUUUGUGGUAUGAAAAAACAUUCCUACAUGUCUUCUUUGUUACGGUGCAUCCAUCUUUGCACCGCAUAAGUUCGGGAUUUAGCGCGAUUUAUUUUGAAAGUCAACUUUAGCCGGAGUUCUUUGCUGCAAACCUUUUAGUACGCAUUGUUUUUUUGUGAUUUGGACAGGCAGAGAUAAAAGAUAGCAUGUAAUGUGCAUCUUUCCCCUGCUUGUGUGGUCCCCGUGGCUUAAUGGAAGACACCACUUGUUCCGAUAGACAGCAUCGGCCAAUCAGAACAGCGCUAAGGUUGACGUUGAACAAGAGCGCUCUACCAGGAUUAUUUUUCACGUAGGAAUGACAAGGGCAUAUCGGUUUUCAUUUAACUCAGGGAAUGUACAGUUGCGAACAAAGUGAAUGGCUCUUAGCACGGAUUAUGGCCUUACUACGCCAUGUUUUGGCCUCGUGGUUUCUUCAUGACGGUCGGAACACUGUUCUGGGUAGAAUUUAACCGUUGGCUCCUGUGCCGUGAGCGCUGAGGCGAACGCGCUUUGAAAACCUUUCACACCGUUUCAAGUUUUGACUCCGCGUGGUCGACAACUUCAGGAUUCAAACCCGAAAAUGAGCGCUUUUCCGUCCAGAAAUUUGGCUUGGGCAGAUGAGGGUCUUCGAGAAAUCGACCAGGGCCAUGCAAGGGGGAACAGGACGGCUUUGCUUGUGCGCUCUGAGUUACAGUCUGUUCUUAAAAGACUUGGACGGUUUACCCAGAGGCACUGCGGAAAAGUUAUUUUAUUUGGCUUCCUGUUUUUGAUCGUGUCUGCGAUUGGAUUGAUCAAGGCAAAACUGGAAACUAACGCGGAAAAUCUCUGGAUAGAAGUGGAUGGACGACUGGAAAAAGAGCUAGAAUAUACCAAAAAAGCGCUUGGAGAAGGUUACGGCGGCACAAACGAGCUACUGAUACAAACACCCAAUGAAGAAGGAACAAAUAUUCUUACUGUACAAGCCUUGAAGCGGCACUUGGACAUUUUAAUGAAAGUCACAAAUGUCUCCGUAGAUUUGUUUGACCAAACCUGGACAUUAAAGGAUAUUUGCUACACUCUCGAUCUUCCUCCUAUGGAUGAUAAUAUUGGGUUGGAUACCGUAAGUUCAGAAGAAUUCAAAUUCAUGUCGAAUUCCUGAUUCAAAAAACAUAAUUAUUAAUGUUUUGAGAGCCAAAUUAAAAUGUUCAACAGCAUGUGUCUAAAUGUUUUACCAUCAAAAUCUAUUGACUGGCAUAUUUCUUAGGUACUGUGUACAAGUAGACUGGUAUUUUUUUGACAAUGGACUGGAUCAUUCAUGUUGUUCGCAAAGUUCUGGUGGCCCAAAGGGGCUCAAGUUUAUU